AUGUCUCUGGCACGGGCUGGGUGCCAUCAAAUCUGCGAGCCAGUCAGCGCAGCGGCUAGCCCCGAAUCCAUGACAGAAAGACCCCUGUCACUUUCAUCUUACAGCUGCCACACCAUUUCAUCGUUCCAUCUCUUCAACUUCAACUGCUCACCCAUUGCUCUCCAUUGA